UUUUAAAUUUUUUGUUCCAGGGAAGGAGGUUGUUCUUUUGAUGCAGGCCCUGAACUCCCUAGCCACUCCUGAGGAGAAACUAGCCGCUUUGUGCAAGAAAUACGCAGACCUGUUGGAGGAGAGCCGCUGCAUGCAGAAGCGUCUGAAAGCCCUGCAGAAGAAACAGUCUCAGAUCGUGAAGGAGAAGAUCCACCUGCAGGGGGAGCACAGCAAGGCCAUCCUGGCCCGCAGCAAGCUGGAGAGCCUCUGCAGGGAGCUGCAGAGACACAACAAGACACUGAAGGAGGAGAACUCCCAGCGGUCCCGGGAGUACGAGGAGCAGCGGAAGGAGGCCAUGCUGCACUUCCAGAUGACCCUGAGCGACAUCGAGGUGCAGAUGGAGCAGCAUAGCUCCCACAACACCAAGCUGAGGCAGGAGAACAUGGAGCUGGCCGAGAAGCUCAAGAAGCUCAUCGAGCAGUACGAGCUCCGAGAGGAGCACAUAGACAAGGUGUUCAAGCACAAGGAGCUGCAGCAGCAGCUAAUGGACGCCAAGCUGCAGAGAAUCACCGAGAUGAUGAAAGAAGUCGAGGACAAGCAGCAGAGGGAGCGAGACUUUCUGUUGAAGGACGCCACAGAGUCCAGACGCAAGUGUGAGUUGAUGAAGGAGCAAGAAACGCAGCUCAAACAACAGCUCUCCCUGUACAUGGACAAGUUUGAGGAGUUUCAGAGCACGCUGGCCAAAAGCAACGAAGUCUUCACCACGUUCAGACAGGAGAUGGAGAAGAUGACCAAGAAGAUCAAGAAGCUGGAGAAGGAGACGACACAGUGGAGGACCAAAUGGGAGAGCAACAACCAGGCGCUGCUGCAGAUGGCCGAGGAGAAAACUCUGCGCGACGGCCACUUCAAGGCCCUGCAGGGGAAGCUGGAGCUGCUGGAGAGGCUGUGCCGCGCCCUGCAGAAGGAGAGGAACGACCUCAACAACCAGCUGAGCCUCCUGCAGGAGCCGGGAGACAAAGGGAGCGCAGCGCUUCCCGAGGCCCAGCCGCCAGAGCCCUCUGCUGGGGAGGACGAGGAGGAGGAGGAGGAGGAGGAGGAGGAGGCGGCGGCAGAGGAGGAGGCGGAGGAGGAGGAGGGCGGUCUGGCACAGGCCGGCGAGCUGGAGGCGGAGGGCAUCCACCGAGCGCCCCGACCCCCGAACUGGAGCCCACGGCGGCCGCUACUGACACAACCACUACCGCUGCUACGACGACGAGCAGCCAGCCCGCAGAAACGGCAGCCUCGCAGCAGGACUGAAGAAGCCCCCCCACACGGUGAGAAGGCUGUGAUGGGAGGGGGCUCCACAAACCUCCAGCCCACAGAAAUAAAGCAUUUUCAACGGGGAUAGAUUUCUUUUCUUUUGCCUCUUCGGGUUUCUACACGGAAACUCAACCCCAUAUCUCUCUUCUUUUUUUUUAUGUGUGUGCCGUUAGUAAAAGAGGAAUAACAUGACUCUAUUGUAAGGAUUCUAUUCUAAAAUGUUGCCAGUGUUCACAUUGGUAAUAACUGGCUUCGUGGCAAGCACUUGGUCCUCCCGUUUUCUACCGCAACUGUAUUUUCGUAGGCAAUUUCCAUGCAGUCCCAUUGACGCUGUUCAGUCAAAUUGGCCAGGGUGGCAACUUGCGAUUUUUAUUUUUCAUCGAUUAAUCAGCCGAUCACUUUCUGGAUGAACGGGGUUAGUAGUUUGGAUUCUAAAAGGUGAGAAAUGUGGAUGAGCGUUCCCCCAAAAAGUCCAAGAUGACGUCCUCAAGUGUCUCGUUCUGUCCACAGCUCAAAGAUAUUCCGUUCACUGUCACAGAGGAGAGAAGAGAACUAGAACAUAUUCACAUUAAACAAGCUGCAGUCAGAGAAUUAGCCCCUUUUUUCCCAUUUAAAAAGUGACUCCAACUGAUUAAUCGAUUUAUCAAAAUAACCCGCCGAUUGAUUUAAAUAGUUGACAACUUAUCGAUUCAUCUUUGCAGAUCUAUAAUUGGCCUUCCGUUUCUCCCUUCACAUGGCCUCUCCCUGUAGCAUCCCACGUCUCGCUGGCUAUUCAAGUUGGAUUCAAUUCCAACAUGGGCAUAUCGCAUGCAUAAUUUGUCAUAGGUCGCUUUUGAUUAAUGUAGCCCUUAAUGUCCCCAUGUGAUCUGAAAGAGCAAAUGGGACAUAGUGUAGAACAAGUUUCAAAGUCUGUUCUUGGCCACAGGGUAUUAAGCAAGUUUUUCUGAUCAUGUCAUAUCAGGUUUUUAAAUUUUAAAAUUUUCAGGAUAAGAGCAGGAAGUGUCAGCAAAAUUAAUCUGCACAUGGGUGCGUGUAAUAUAAUAAUGUGGUGGUGGUUAUUUUUUUCCGGCUCGGCGACGUGGUGACUACAGCUGGCGAGCUACUGUAGCUGCCGAGGUUAACCUGCCAUCAGUAACUCUGGCAGCACACUUGCUAAUUGCCAGUUAGCGAGCUAGCUAGUAGGGCUGUCACCUUAUCUGAAAGGCGCCAUGUCAUUUCUCCGACCUCAAUAACCCGAAAAAUUCCCUUUUGUUCCUACUACAGCCCACUAGUCUUGACGUCCACCAGCCGAGACCCCGCCCUUCAAUAGCAUUUAUUGGCCAGGCGUCCAUGCUUACGCAAGGUAACGUAACCCCAUUUGUACAAACCACUCGAGGUCAAAUGCCUAACCCCAACCAAUUGAGAUGCUUCGUAGGGCGGGUCUUGGCGCGGCCAUAGUGGGAUUUGUAAUUACGCCACCAGUGGGACGUCAAUACUAGUGGGCUGUAAGACCAAAGGGAAUUUUUCGGGUUAUUGAGAGGUUGGAAGAAUAGAGCGUCUGAGAAAUGGGCAGUACCCCAUCUGAAAAGCAAUAUUUGAUCUCUACUAAUCUGUUUUGAAUUCAAAAUUCAGAAGCGCAUUAACCAUUCAUCCUCCAGCAAGGGGUGUCAUGGCCUGUCCGUAAACUAGGCUGCUGUUUUUGUCCGUUUUUAUUCACGCAAAAUAGAGAAAACUAGCAAGCGCUGCUGAAAGGAUAGCCAUGACACCAAACCAUCUGAGAAGUAACGUGUGGAGGCAUUUGGGAUUUUUGGACUGAAAACUUCAGUCAUAGCUUCAUCAUAGCUUGUCACUCAAGCGAUGUAGUGGAGGCACCGCUGAAUGAAAACUUUGAUAUAUUCACUUGAACUUUGGCUUUUGGGAAUAGUGGCAGCGCUGCUAGCUAAAGUUAAAGUUGACUCAGGAGACAUUUUCAGACCAUCAAACUCCUGUGGAGCACGUAGUCAUCUGGUAGAGCUGGGUUAUUUCAAAUGGUUUGCGACACAGCUAAUAUGAUAGCUUCCUCUAUCUGGUUCUCUGUCAUUUGCAUUGCAAAGAACUAAAAAAAAUAUAUAUAUUUUUCUGACUGGGCCAGAUGUCACAACCAGCUUAAUAAAUAGCCACUUCUUUACAGGCUGUUAGCAACAGAGUUAAUUUCCCCUAGGGUUGGGCAUCGUUUUGAUUUUAACAAUUCUGAUUCAGAUUCUUCGUUUUUGAUUCCGGUUCCUAUAGAGUCCAGUUCUUUGAGGGGUGGAGUUGAAACGGGUCACAUGCUUAUUUCACAGAUAAGAGGAAAAUGUUGUUAUACAUAACAUAGUCCUAUUCCAAAAAUGACGUUAGAUGACAUGUUCUUGCAAUUGUCGUCUGUUACACUGGCAGGGCGUUUGCUGCCACUGGUGGUCAAUCCACGUCAUUUUUUAACUGAACUCUGGGAUAUGUAUUAUUAAAGCUCACUUCUGUUACCACAGGUGUCACCAAAUCGACCAGGAUCUUAAGGAGUUAAAAGGGUUAGAACUGAAACAUAGGUUGACCUUCUAUUUUAACUUUUUUCUGUCCCUGCUUAAAAAUGUAAUGAGGAGGAGGAGGAAGGGGGAUAUGGGAAAUGAAUGAUACUGGUCGAGAACAUUGGUUGUUGCUGGCUUUUUGCCCACUUGAGAACUUAAAUGAUGUAGAGAUGAAAGCUCAGCGAAUGUCCUUGUGCAACAAUGUGUUGCUUGAUUUUGAUCUGCAUCUCAGCACUUUUGUUUUUUCUUUUGUUUUAAAUGACCCAUGUCAUUUGGUUUCCAUACGGCCAGCUCAACAGGGCGUACAGAAAAGAGCCAUGUCAGGAGUUCUGAAAUGCCACUUUAUACUGGAAGAAGAUGGUUUGUUUUUUUUCUGAUGCGUGUGAAUAAAAAGAUUUUUGCAGAUUUCUAUCAGCGAUGCAUAUCAAUAGGAGGCAUUACAGGAGCUGCAGUUAUUGUAAGGAAACACUGGGAUUGUUCUACUAGCAGCGUUAACGAAUAGAAUCCUCUCAAAUCAAAGUCAAUUUACACUCUCAUCCUCUGCAGAUGUUAUUCUAAGGCCGGUUACACACUGCCUGCGUGGCGUGGAGUUUGUCGCGUGGCAGCUGCGUGGAUUUUUCCACGCCUUUACACACCAGAAACGUGUCUGACAACAACGUAGGCAGUAUUGACUGCAAAAUGGGCUACAGAAUUAUUUUUUUUAAUUACAUUCAUAUCUGCAUUCAUAUCAAAAUCUAUAGACUUUCAAACAUGUCAUUUAUUAAUAGGUAUUUGUGUCUAAACGACAAACAUCUUUUCUAUUUUGCCUGGAAACGCUUCAAAACACCUAAAUGUGUGUCGGUUCUAUUUCUAGCAGGCACGCGUUUACGGCGCGGCUCGACGCGUGUCACGCAGGCAGUGUAAGCUCUAACCCGUUAACACGGGAGCCGAAAUAUAAACUGACACGCUCGCGCGAAGCAGCCAGUGCGUAACCGGCCUAAGUCACCAAGUUUUCCUUUCUGUUAAAUCUUUAACUUUGCUCCGACAACUACGUAGGCACGGUCUCCUAAUGCAGCUACUGUCCUGCAACAGCCGGUCCAAUAACUUGAAUCUAGUAGGCUACUUAACUCUAACCUGCGAUUGCUUCGUCUGCAUCCUUACUCGGAAUAUUUUAUUUCUGGAUCUAACUACAAGACUGAUCCAAGAUCAGCACCUUUAGGCAACUUUUAUUUUUUUUCCCCCCUCUGCAGUGGAAACAGAAUUGCUUGUUAACUCAUCAAAGUGUUUGGUGAAGGACCAGAUGCCCACAGCACUGUUAAAUGUGUUGUUCCGGCCAUCAGUUUGUCACGUGGCUGUCCCUUUUCCAACUCUGUAUUUUGUAAAAAUCAGUGAGAAUCAUAGGUGGCAUUACUGACCAAUAAUGUUAUAGGGGUGUUACUGACAAAUAAUCUUCCUUAACAAAUAUGUACACAGAGCCAUGUGUAACUGGGUGGAAUGUCCUUAAAGACGUUGCCUUUCAGUCUUUUCUACAUUUCUCCUCGUGCUUAUCUUCAUAUUUGAUGCGAUGAGGUCAGGUGGUGUGCGUAUUUUUCUUUCGGGUAGAGGACGGGUCUAGUUUGAGGGGGAAGACCUUUCGGCAUCCAUUUCCUCUUUCUUUGGCGUUGCCCCAGAUUGACUCUCAGGUAAUGUCAGAAUCUACCUCUGUAGGUGAGACUAACUGUGAAAGAAGAGGCAUGAGUCACCAUAGCUUUGGAGAGCUCUAUUUUUACUAUAAAUGAGCCCACACACCCCCCCUUUGAUUGUACAAUGUUCUUAUAGUCCUGUCUUGCUUUUCAAUAAACAUUUUUGUAGAAUUUGCAA